GCCUUCACUGACAGCGCAGCCGCCUUCAGCUCCAAAACACACCGCCGUUUUAUGAAUUUCAUCGCUUUUUUACGGACUGUUUUACUCACCGAGGCGUUUCUACACGUCUGACCGCUGAAGGGGCGAGGCUGGGGUCCGCUCCGGGAACUGUGCUGUGCAGUGCGUGAAUGUGCAUGUGUGGUCAGUCUGCUCGUUUCCGCUGUGGUUAUUAUUAUUAUUUUGUUUAUUAAGCUCAUAAUGAGAAUCUGGGACUCAUAGAGGAGAUCAGAUCAGAAACUGGAGGAAGGAGACAGCGAUUCAAGCCCCCUGCGUCAUCACCAUCCUCACCACCAUCAUCAUCAUGACCACCAUCGCUACUGACAGGAUGGAGGAGCUGCUGAACCAGUGGCUGUGGCAGGAGAACUUCUGGCUGCCCCCUGGUGCGGCAUGGCAGGACGUUGGGAAUGACGCCAUUGAGGGCAGUCGGCGUCCACUUCCUCGCGACUUACUCCUCACCCUUCCUUUGGCACUGGGCUUCAUUGCUGUCCGGUUUGUGUUCGAAAGGGUUGUGGCGCUGCCUCUGAGCAGGACGCUGGGAGUGUGUGACAGGGUGCGUGCUCGAGCACCACCCGAACCCAAACUGGAGGCUUUUUACCUGCAGAGAAAGAACCACUACUCACAGAGUGAGCUCCUGGGCCUGGAGAAGCACUGCGGCCUCACAGUCCGUCAGAUCCACCACUGGCUCCGCCUCCGCCACAACCAGGACAAACCCAGCAACACCAAGAAGUUCUGCGAAGCAUCGUGGAGGUUUGUGUUCUACCUCAUCGCCUUCGUUGCGGGACUCGCCUCCCUGAUUGAUACGCCCUGGUUUUGGAAUCACAGAGAGUGCUGGCGUGGACACCCGAGACAACCCGUGACUGAGGCUCAGUACUGGUACUACCUCCUGGAGCUCAGUUUCUACUGGUCACUGGUGUUCUGCGUCUCUGUGGACGUCAAGCGCAAAGAUUUUAAGGAGCAGAUCGUUCACCACAUCGCCACCAUCUUCCUGAUCAGCUUCUCCUACUGCGGCAACUACAUUCGGGUGGGGACGCUCGUGAUGCUCGUGCAUGACUCUUCCGACUUCCUGCUGGAGUCCGCCAAGAUGUUUAACUACGCUGGCUGGAGGAAAACCUGUGACGGCUUGUUUGUUCUCUUCGCUGUGGUUUUCCUCGUAACUCGCCUCGUCAUCUUUCCGUGCAGAGUGGUCUACUCGACUAUCGUGGAGUCGUUGGAUUUCUUUGACCCGUUCCCUGGUUAUUAUUUCUUCAAUGCUCUGCUGCUGGUGCUGCAGGCGCUGCACGUUUUCUGGGCCUACCUCAUCCUCCGCAUGGUCUACAAAUUUGUCUUCUUGGGCAAAGUGGAACGUGAUGAGCGGAGUGAUGACGAGAGUGAGGGAGAGGAGGAGGAAGAGGGGGAUGGUGCGGAGGAGGAGAGCUGCUGGGAGCAGAGGAAAGGUCCCCUCAACUCCAGACCCGUCUCACUGGCCAACAACUGCGUCCUCAACAACCUGACCCACCAGAGGAGGAAUAUAAACAGCAGAAUGCCCAAAGCCAGAUAGUGUCCCUCACUCACUGUGAUUAUUUUUAGUCUGUCUUCGUCCGUAUGAAGAUGAAAUAUAUUGGAAUAUGUUGCAAAAAACACAAAAUUAAAUAUAGUGCAAUGUAUUUUCAAUAUAUUACAUUUUUCUACAGGGCAGUAAUCGUUAUAGCAGAAGUCGUCGUUCAUCCUCUGAGGCUACUCAUACUGUUCUUCUUUGAAAAAGCACAUUAGACUUUUUUAAUUGACAUCUUUCAAACCUGUGGACUAAAAAAUAGAUGUCAGGUUUGGUGUAUUGUAUUUCUUUUUAAGUAUUUGUCUUUAAAGGUACGUGACAGCAA